AUGGGUAGGGUAAUUCGCAACCAGCGUAAGGGUCGCGGAUCCAUCUUCACGGCCAACACCCGCCUGAACAAGAACCCCGCCCAGUUCCGCACGCUCGACUACGCUGAGCGCAAUGGAUACAUCCGGGGUGUCGUAAAGGAGAUCGUCCACGACUCUGGUCGUGGCGCUCCUCUUGCCAGGGUUUCUUUCCGUAACCCCUACAAGUUCAAGCACGACACUGAGACCUUCAUCGCCAACGAGGGAAUGUACACCGGCCAGUUCAUCUACGCCGGAAAGAACGCUGCUCUCACCAUCGGCAACGUUCUUCCCCUCCACUCCGUCCCCGAAGGUACCGUCCUCACCAACGUCGAAGACAAGAACGGUGACCGUGGUGCGCUCGGCCGUACCUCCGGUAACUACGUUACUGUCAUUGGCCACAACCCCGAUGAGGGCAAGACCCGUGUCAAGCUCCCAUCCGGUGCCAAGAAGGUUCUUCCCAGCUCAUGCCGUGGUAUGGUCGGUAUCGUUGCUGGAGGUGGCCGUACAGACAAGCCUCUCAUGAAGGCGUCGCGCGCCAAGCACAAGUUCGCUGCCAAGCGCAACAGCUGGCCCAAGACUCGUGGUGUUGCCAUGAACCCCGUCGACCAUCCCCACGGUGGUGGUAACCACCAGCAUAUCGGUAAAGCCUCGACCAUCUCCCGAUACGCCACCCAGGGUCAAAAGGCCGGUCUUAUUGCGGCGCGGAGGACAGGUCUGCUCCGUGGUACUCAGAAGACAAAGGACUAG